AAAAAAAAAAAAAAAAAAAGGCUCGAAGCAAUCGCCAUUUCACGGUGAAUACAGCUUGCUCACACCUGGAGGAGGAGGUGAGUUAUUGUUAAUCGGAGGAAAUGACGACGAGUCAAGGGGGACUAUCAGCCUCCACCAAGAGAAGCUUGUCGUCCUUAAUUAUGCAUUCUCCCUCUCAAGCCCGGAAGAAAUCCAUCGCCGCCUCCGAAGGCGCCGGAUCUUUCUUAGGCUCUCCCUCUCACCGCAAAUCUCAAUCUCUCUCUCUCGGCACUCCCCGCUCCAUAAACAGGGGAUUAUCAGGGGAGAGGACGGUGAAGAGACUGCGUCUGUCGAGAGCCGUGACAGUACCUGACACUACGAGCAUUAAAGAAAUUUGUCAGCGGAUGGCUGCAAGAAGAGUUGAUGCUUUGUUGCUCACUGACUCUAAUGCAUUGCUCUGUGGGAUCCUCACAGACAAGGAUAUAGCUACAAGAGUCAUAGCCCAAGACCUUAGCAUAGAAGAAACACAUGCUUCCAAGGUUAUGACCAGGAACCCCGUGUUUGUUCUCUCCGACACUCUUGCAGUUGAAGCCCUCCAAAAGAUGGUUCAAGGAAAGUUUAGGCACCUACCUGUUGUGGAAAAUGGUGAGGUGAUUGCGCUGCUUGACAUUACAAAAUGCUUGUAUGACGCCAUCUCCCGUUUGGAGCGUGCGGCCGAGAAGGGGAAGGCCAUUGCAGCUGCUGUUGAAGGUGUUGAAAAGCAAUGGGGCCCCUCAGCCUCAGCUCCCAACACAUACGUUGAGACACUUCGAGAGCGAUUUAAGCCCUCCCUGUCUACCAUAAUCUCUGAGAAUACAAAGAUUGCUGCAGUUGAUCCAACUGACACCGUGAUAGUUGCUGCAAAAAGGAUGCACGAGAAACAAGCAAGCUGCGCUGUCAUAACAGUUGAUAACAAACCUCAAGGGAUACUAACUUCAAGAGAUAUCGUGAGGCGAGUCGUAGCUGUCAAUCUUCCAAUAGAAACCACUCUAGUGGAGAAGGUGAUGACUGCAAACCCAGAAUGUACUUCGGUUGAUUCUUCUAUAGUCGAGGCUCUUCACAGCAUGCAUGAAGGGAAGUAUAUGCACCUUCUAGUUGUUGAUAAAGAUGGGGUACUUGUAACUGUUAUCGAUGUGCUCAACAUAACUAAUGCAGCUGUAACCACUGUUGGUAGUGCUGGAUUUAACUCUGAAGGUGCAAGCAGCAUGAUUCAGAGUUUCUGGGACAAUGCAAUGGCGUUAAACCCCGACGAGGACGAUGAGAUCAGGAGCGUGGCUUCGUUCAAGAUGCAGUCUGAGGGGGGUGAGACUGCUCUCUUCCUUCAGCAAAAUUCUUCCGCUGCGAACGUUUUUGCUUUCAAAAUCCAAGACAAGAAAGGAAGAAUGCAUAGGUUCAUUUGCGAUACAUACAACAUGACUGAGCUCAUGACAGCAAUCCUUCAGAGAGUAGGAGCUGAGAUCGACCGCAACAACCUACCACAGAUUCUGUAUGAAGACGAAGACAAGGACAAAAUUGUCCUCGCAUCCGAUAGCGACCUUAUUGCAGCCGUGCACCAUGCAAAGCUAGUCGGCUGGAAGGGACUGAGGCUACAUUUAGACUACUCAGGGAUGCUGCAGCAUCGGAAAAAAGUGUUCGACUCAAGAAGCAUCCAGUACGCUCAACGCGAUGCAUCAUCUCAAUCAUACGGAGGCCUUGCAGCUGGGGCAGUGCUAGUCGCUGCUUUAGGCGUGUACGCGGUAUUGAGGCGAAAUCGGAACUGAUAAAGGUAUCUACUUGCAGGCAGGAAAGAAAUCAAAACCGAGUUUAUAUAAGCAGCCCCAUUCAUAUGGAGUAUGAUAUUUUGUGAUGGAAAAUUUUGGAUGUAGUUAGAUACAUAUCUUUUUUGAAGUAGGGAGUUGUCUUUGAAUGUGUGAAUUGGAAAUAUCAUGGGAUGGCUUCCAGUCCUCAUUGUAAACUGGAACAUGAUAUCAAUGCAAUUGUGAAUUGGGUUCUUUUGCU